AUCAAUACCACUUUUACCAGUUAUUUUCUAAUGGCAGUGUAACUUUCUCCCCUUACUCCAUUAAAUACAUGCCACUUCUGUUUCAUGGCUCUGCCCAUUGUUUUCCCUUCCCGUACUGGAUCUCUCCCCUGCCACAAAACCUCUCCAAUGGCUUCAAGAAGAAUCAUCAAAGAGCUCAGGGACUUGCAGAGAGACCCCCCAACUUCUUGCAGUGCAGGUCCUGUGGCAGAGGACAUGUUCCACUGGCAAGCAACCAUUAUUGGUCCAAAUGACAGCCCUUAUGCUGGGGGUGUCUUUGUGGUGACUAUUCAUUUUCCCCCUGAUUAUCCCUUCAAACCCCCCAAGGUUGCAUUCAGGACCAAAGUUUUCCACCCAAAUAUAAACAGCAAUGGAAACAUUUGCUUGGACAUACUCAAGGAACAAUGGAGUCCUGCUCUCACCAUAUCCAAGGUUUUGCUCUCAAUAUGCUCACUUCUGACGGAUCCAAACCCAGAUGACCCUCUUGUUCCAGAGAUAGCUCACAUGUGCAAAUCUGAUAAAAUCAAGUAUGAGGCCACUGCUAGAAGCUGGACCCAGAAGUAUGCCAUGGGCUAACACCAACCCAUAUUGUUUUCUGCAAUUCUUCAACUUCUCUGCCUUAAUAAAUGCUCCAAUCCUUUUUCCACCUCGAGAUACAUAUAUAUAUAUAAAUACGCACAUGUAAUUUCAGCAUCCUUUGGCCUGUGGAAUAAAUGGUUGGCCAAUAAGGGACUAAAUUGGCUUGUUUUUGGUCC